AAUGAGACCAAGUCAGAUAAUAGAGACAGCGAGAAGUCUCCAAGUCGCAAAGAGUCCGAGAGAGAGACAAGAAACACAUACACACACAUAUACAUACACACAGUCAAUCAUUCAGCGAAGUGGAUGUUUUCUAUCUCCUCGAUCUCAAUUAAAGUUUAUCUCUUUCUUCUAAAUGGAAGGUGGAUCCACUGACCGGGACUCGAUAGGGUCUGGGACUAAGAAUUCCAGUACUUCCUCAGGUAGUAGGUCUCGUAGAUGCAAGGAAUUUCUCCGUAGGUUUGUUGACAGUUACAUUUGGAGUAUAAACCUUGAGGAAUGGCUUGAACCAGGAUGCGAUGCACCUGCUUUUGAAGUUCCAUUUGAGUUGAUUGAUCUUCAAAAGUUUGAUUAUGCACUGGAAGGAGUUUCUUUUCAGCAGCUAAUUAGGAUGCCUAGUGCUGUUUAUGCAUCAAGUUCUGGGGCUUUGGAAGCAGCAAAUUUUCUGGCAAUUGAAGAUUUUUUACAUGCAAGUGUGAAGGGCUUGUGGGAGGCAUUUUGGAGUCAGGACGAACCUAUGCCAUUUUAUGUUACCUCUGUUUAUGAUAACUUAAAAUUUCAUCAAGCUGAAAAGGCCAUUGCUAAUAAGAAACUAGGAGAUUUAUGUGCUUCAGGUAUAUUGCUAAAAAAUCCUAGGCAUCCACAUGGGAAGUGGGAUGAUAUUCUACAAUUAGCAGUUGUGAAGCCAUCAAUUGGUAACCUUCAAGAGAAGAGUGACCAUAAGCCUUCUCUAUCUGUUAUAGGUGAAGCACUGUUCUACGCUGUUCGAAUUCUACUGUCGAGAAGCCUUAGUAGUUCAAAUACAUCUCUUAGCGUAAAUUCGGUUUUUGUUCUUCUUGUUGAUUCACAAUAUGGAGGGGUUCUGAAAGUGGAAGGAGAUUUGACUAAGUUGGAGUUCGGUGGAAGUAAUGUGUAUGAAUGUGCUGUUGAGUGGCUUAAAAAUUAUUCGCAGAUUGCUGUUUCCCCUAUCGAUAGGAUCUGGAAUGACCUGGGGAACGCCAACUGGGGAGAUAUUGGUGCUCUGCAGUUACUUUUUGCAACCUUCCAUUCAUUAAUACAAAUUGCAGGAUUGCCCAACAACUCAAUUGAAGAUUUAGCAGCUGAUCACAGUUCCCGCCUUCAAUUAAGAAGAGCAGAGAGGCAGUUGGGCGAUACUAGAAUAAAUGGAAAUGGUCUAUUUAAGUUACAGCAGCGCAGCAUUUCCCCUGAAAUUGUUGAAGUACAAGAGGAAUCUAGAAACGUGGAGUCGGAGAAGCCGAUGAAAUUAGAAGUAGGUUCUGCUUUAUGGCUGGAGGAGUCCGACCGACAGAAGGGUUAUCAAAUCAACGAGAUCUUGAGUGACGAAGAAACUCCUUAUUAUGUUGUUUCUCCUGUUGAAGACCAGGGCAAGACUCUGUUUCUGUAUGUUGGUUCACAUCCUUCUCACCUAGAAUCAGCAUGGGAAGAUAUGAAGUUAUGGUAUCAAGUUCAGAGGCAAACUAAGAUUUUGAAUAUUAUGAAGCAGAAAGGUCUAUCAAGCAAGUAUUUGCCUCAUUUGAGUGCAUCUGGCAGGAUGGUUCACCCUGGUGAAUGUCAGAGACCAACCUCGGGUGGAAAUUGUAGUCACCCUUGGUGUGGGACCUUAAUUCUCGUGACUAGCCCAGUUGGAAAAACUGUUGCUGACAUGGUAAGAGAUGGUCAAUUUGGUCCAGAUGAGGCUAUUAGAUGUUGCCAUGAUUGCUUGUCCGCCCUUUCUACUGCUGCUGCUGCUGGAAUUCGGCAUGGAGACAUUAGGCCUGAGAAUGUCAUUUAUGUGACUGCCGGCCUAAGACAACCUCAUUUUGUCCUCCUCGGUUGGGGGCAUGCCAUAUUGGAAGACAGGGAUCGUCCUGCAAUGAAUCUUCAUUUCUCAUCAACUUAUGCGCUUCAGGAAGGAAAGUUGUGUUCGGCUUCUGAUGCAGAGAGCCUAGUCUAUUUGCUUUACUUUAGUUUUGGCGGGGACUUGCCAGAACUGGAUUCUAUUGAGGGGGCACUGCAAUGGAGAGAAGCCUCUUGGUCAAAAAGACUCAUUCAGCAGAAGCUUGGGGACAUUUCAGCUGUAGUGAAAGCUUUCGCUGAUUAUGUUGACAGUCUAUGUGGGACACCUUAUCCUAUGGAUUAUGAAAUUUGGCUAAAAAGGCUAAAACGACAUAUUCAUGAAGAAGACCAUGGAAAAGAUAUUGGCACAUCAGGUUAAUUCUAUCUUCACUAUUUGCCUCAGUAAAACCGACCCACUCAGCACCAAGAUGUCACAUUUACCUGCAAAACGUGCCAAACUUAAAUAUUACUUUCUCAUUUUUGAGGAAGUAUUGGAAGCUGGAGCUUCUCCUGUAGUGCAAGUGAUGAAUAUCUCUAUUAAACGGUGCUGUAGAAAGUCUUCUCUGUAUCAGUCUGGUUACAGUUUUCUUGUUUACGGGUUAUCUUCUGGCAGUGAGUGAACCCACAUAUUCAGGUUAGUGAGAAUUACAGAGUCACCAUUUUUGUUAUAUUUGUGCAGUUCAAUUUGUACUCUAGGUAUUAAGGACAAAUAUACAUUGCCUUCUGCAGCUGAAUAACUUGGCUGUGGAAAUGUUGCCAGUUAUCAUUGGUUUUGUAAAGAUAAGUUCAUAUUGAUUAAAAUGUUUCAUGAUCA